GAAAUUAUGAAUACCGACGAAUUGGAAAAUCUCGCGCAAAUCAUGAACAUAGAAAACGACAGGUUUGCUGUAUUUAUCAUACUUUUAGACUGUAAAAGUAAUAGAACGCUUCGGUAUGGACUUAAUAGGUUUGCACCAUUAUUUUCUAAUCAGUGUAUGGAUUGUUGUUUUAUCUAUUUUCUACCACUCCUGGAUAUUAUGGUAAAAUUUUAUUAGAAUUUUUAGGUGAUGAGAGCAGCUGCAUUUAGUUGAAAAAAUUUUCUUAUAUUUUAGGUGCCGCUACUUUAAUACUUGUUGUAAUUCAUACGUAAAUAAAUAUAUAUUAUAUAGUCUUUUGUUAAUUUAUUCUUGCAGCUCAAAAAGCAUUAGUUUCCUUUUGUCAGCAGAGGGAGUGAUGAACACAGUAUAUGGAAUCUUUUCAUUAGUAAUUUGGAUAAUGUUGUGGGUAAAGGAUUUAUAAUACAAAAGAUUGCCUUGGCUUAAAAAGAGGAAUGUGGAAGUUUGACAACGUUAGUUUGGGUUUUCACAAUUUUAAUUAUUCUUGGAGUUUUCUUGAGUUGUUGUUUAGUAUGCCUUGCAGCAGUAGCUACAUCCCAAAAAUGAUUAAAAAACAUUUAUACAAUCA